GGAAGUGCCACCUGACAGUCAGCUGACACACGCUCGGGACGUCAUUGCACUCUCGGCCCCACUAAGCUCACGUUGUCGCCCAAGCAACCUUUGAAGCAUCCCGCUUGCCAUUAUCCAGCUGCCUGCAACUGCUAAACCUUCGCGUUUUAAUACAGGAACUUUACCUACGAAAUUGCCUACACCUACCUCUUACGAAUCUAAACCGCAAAAGACCGCCUAUAAACCCUAUAUCGAGUACCUAACCUAACACACUCGCGUCCCCGAGCUAGAAAACCUCCAACCCCUCGCAAAACCCCCCCUUCCUCAAAAAAAAAGAAAAAAACAAAACCAACAAGCCGAUCACACAAUCCAACCCCACCACCACCACCAUGAACCGCCUCUUCGGCAGCGCGCCCAAGGCGCCCAAGCCCACCCUCAACACCGCCAUAUCGAACAUCGACGGGCGCAUAUCCUCCUUCGACGUGAAAAUCGCCUCCCUAAAUGCCGAGCUAGGCACGUACCAAAGCAAGAUGGCCAAGAUGCGCGACGGCCCCGGGAAAUCCGCGCUGAAAGCCAAGGCGCUCAAGGUGCUCCAGCGGCGCAAGCAAUACGAGUCGCAGCGCGACCAGCUGCAGUCGCAGGUGUGGAACAUGGAGCAGGCGCAGACCAUGCAGGACAACCUAGCCGGCGUCAUGACCACCGUCGAUGCCAUGAAGACUACCCAGAAGGAGCUCAAGAAGCAGUACGGCAAGGUCGACCUCGACAAGAUCGAGCGCAUGCAGGACGAGAUGGCCGAUCUCAUGGACGUCGGCAACGAAAUCAACGAGACCCUAAGUCGCGGGUACGAGGUCCCCGAUGAUGUAGACGAAGCCGAGCUGGAUGCGGAGCUGGAGCUGCUAGGUGCCGAGAUGGAGAUGGAGGGCGCGGGCAUGGAGGCCGGUGGCGUGCCUGAUUUCAUGAGGGACGAAGUACCUGAAUUCGUUGACGAGCCCCCGGAGGCUAACAAGGUACAAGAGGUAGCGAGGUGAUAUCACGAGACCAGCGAGCGAGCUUACUUUCCAGGUGGAUGGAGAAGGGAGUUAUUGGAGUUUACGCGACAAGGGGUUUUGGAAGGUCACUGUUUUUACCAUUAUA